UCUCUCUCUCUCUCUCUCUCUCUCUCUCUCUCUCUCUUUCCCAUUCUUGUGCAGAGAGCCUCUCUCUAUCUCUCUCUCUCUCUCUUUUUCUCAUGCCAACACAGACUUUUCCUCUCUUUAAAUACUGCUCUUUUGUCCAUGUACCCUCCCUCCUCUGUUUCCCUCUCUCUGUUUCUUUUUUUCUCUCUCUGUUUUGUCACUCUAUAAGAGUACAUAUAUAACUUCUGAACUGGUUUUGGUGAGAGUCUGAGAGAAACGUGAAGAAAAGAGACGGACUUCUUCUGGGUCUGUGAUAUUACAUACAAUGUCGGCUUACAGAGUUCAAGAUCCUCGCAUCCAUGGCAUCAAAACUAAGAUUCGCGUCGUCCCCAAUUUUCCCAAACCUGGUAUUAUGUUUCAAGACAUCACAACUCUUCUACUCGACCCAAAGGCUUUCAAGGACACAAUCGAUUUGUUUGUUGAGAGAUACAAAGGCAAAAACAUUUCCGUUGUUGCAGGGAUAGAAGCUCGUGGUUUUAUAUUUGGUCCUCCUAUUGCAUUGGCAAUAGGAGCAAAAUUUGUUCCACUGAGGAAACCUAAGAAGUUACCUGGUGAAGUUAUCUUUGAAGAGUAUACCUUGGAAUAUGGAAAGGACCGACUUGAGAUGCAUGUUGGAGCAGUUGAACCUGGUGAACGAGCCUUGGUGGUUGAUGAUCUAAUUGCCACAGGAGGCACUCUCUGUGCUGCAAUGAAUUUAUUGGAACGUGUUGGGGCGGAAGUUGUCGAAUGUGCAUGUGUUAUUGAACUACCAGAUUUACAGGGUCGGAAGCGAUUGAGUGGCAAGCCGUUAUAUGUACUAGUGGAAUAUCAUUAAUCCGGAUGGAUUAAUACUAUUUCACCUGCAAUUAUGCAGCAUGACGAAAAUGUACAUUUAGAGGCAUAUUAUUGGCUACUUCUCAUUUCUGGGGUGUGAUCUCAUGCACCCCUCCUAUUUCACUUGUUUUUGCAACUACUGAAUUUUGAUAAAUCUUGGUAGCUGGGACCCUUCGUUAUACCUAAGUAGCAUAGGAGCAUUAAAUUUGUGGAAAAGGGCUUUGCUCCAGGCAAGCGCAUGUAGGACUCAAAUCUUUUUUUUUUUUUUUUUUUUUUUAAUUUUUGAUCUUAAAAGUGGAAUUAUGUAAAACCCGUGUUGGGCUCUGCCAUAAUUGCAUUUAGGUGCUAUGUUUUUAAAAAAUUAUUGUUACCGUGCUUGUAGUUUUCUAUAUUUAUUAAAAUAACUGUCUUUUUGUC